AUGGACCCGCAGCUAUCGCAGGUACAUUCGUCGACUGGCCAUAAUGACAUAUUGCGUGCCAGGCGGGUCGCACAAGCCGCGUCGUACGGGCUGGCCCUUCCCCCGUUCAUGAACCCUGUCGCGGGUGAGCUCGUUGAGUACACCCCGCUCCCGAAGGAGGGCGCCGACGAGGACGAGGACGCGCCACGGGCGGCCCCGGGGACGCUGCUCGAAGUGAAGUACUUGCACGAGGAACUUGACCAGUUCCGCACCAAGUACGUGUUGAAGCCCGCGCCGUCCACCGCGCAGGAGGAGCCCGGCGAGCAGGGUGCGUCCGCCCGCUACGCCGCGUACGCGUUCACCGUUAUCCGCCGCUUCAGCCCCUCCUCGGACGGGCAGGGGAACAUGUUCAACGUCACCACGACGUUCCAGAUAAACAGCAAGCCGCUCAUCGAGGUCUGCCAGGAGGUUAUCGGCCAGGGACAGGGCGUAUCGUGGACUGCCAAGCCACUUCGGAUCGACCCGCAGCUGCUCCUCAGCUUCCUGCGCGAGCUGCAAGAGUGCGCAGCGAAGCUCGUUGACGCAGUGGACGCUGCAGAGCGCGAGAAGUACGCGCACCUGCAGCACCUACUGCAGUACCUAACGACGACGCAUUCGAGCACGAUCAGCACGCUCUCCUCACUCCUCGCGCACGGGGAGAUCACGUUCGACCUGCUCUGGGCGCUCUACGUCCCGCGGAAGACGAUCCUGUGCACGACGUGCCCCGUGACGGGCGAGCCGCGCACGGCGCGGCUCGUGCACGCCGAGCUCUGCCAGCAGCUCGACGUGCAGGCGCACCCCUUCCUGCCCGUGCACCACUCGCUCGGUGGGAGCGCGGGUUCGAAGAAGCAGGAGCAGCAGCUGCUGUGGCGCCUCACGAUGGAGUACGUCGAGGCGGACGUCGGGCUCGCUGGCGCGCGCACGAAUGAGAUGGGCUCCGGUGCGGGCCCGCGCGUGGACGGGGAAGAGCCCGCAGCGCGCUUCGGGCUCGGGAUGCUGAAUGCGGCUCUGGAGGUGCAUGCGUUUAAAGGGACGAGGAAGAUUUCGAGCUUGUCGGCAUACCCGAUACAGUAUUACACGGGCGUGGGCGGCGAGAAUGGCUUGAGGGAGCGGCUGAUCGCGCGCGGGAGGAAGUGGGCGGCGAUCGCAGGCGGGAUGCGCCAUGUCGCGUAUCGCGGACUGGCGUUCCGGUUCAAGCAGGUUGCGUACAUCAAGACCAGUGUGAACUCGAGGAUCAUUGUCGAUCGAAAAACGUUCCAGGAUAUCGUGCCGAACUACGGCAAGUUCCCGAUCGUGACGAAGACGAUAUCUGGGAACGACCUCGACAGGUUCGCGCUCGUCGCAGGCGCGGUCACCGAAUCUCUGAGCGAGGCGUCGGAGCUCUCCGAAGAGGAUCUGAUGCUCGCGUCCCCGAUCGUGUACGGCUUCAGCCUGUCAGACAAGCAAUGGUUGGAGUUUGCUGUUGACAAUGUACGCGAUCUAGAGUGGAAUGACGACGCGUUCAACCACCUUGUCAUCCCGGCAGAGCAGAAAAUGGUACUCAAGACGCUCGUCGAAUCGCACAACACCGGUGCGGCCGCCAAGUUCGAUGACUUCGUGUCGGGGAAAGGCCUCGGGCUGGUCAUCAAUCUCUUCGGGAACCCUGGAACAGGAAAGAGCCUGACUGCCGAGGGGAUCAGCGAAUACCUGCGAAAACCUCUGUAUGUGGUUGGAGCGGCGGAGCUGGGCACAACGGCAGAGGUCAUGGACGCGAACCUCGCCACGGUGCUGAGGGCCGCCGCGGCGUGGGGCGCAGUGGUGCUCAUCGACGAAGCGGACGUGUUCCUCGAGGAGCGCUCCCUGCACUUCCUCGAGCGCAACGCGAUGGUUGCGGUCUUCCUUCGACAACUCGAGUACUUCCGUGGUAUUCUCUUCCUGACAACGAACCGCGUGCGCGUCUUCGACGAGGCGUUCCAGUCGCGCAUCCACGUGUCCCUCCGGUACCACGACCUCUCCCCCGACGCGCGAAAGCAUAUCUGGGUGGCGUUCAUGCAGCGGGUGAACGGGAAUAUCCCCGACGGCGGCUUGACGCGCGAGGAGCUGCGUGAGCUUGGGGAGAAGAAGGUGAACGGGCGGCAGAUCAAGAACGUCGUCAAGACUGCGGGCGCGCUCGCCAUCGGCCGGCAGGAGAAAUUUGGGUACAGGCAUUUGAGCCAGGUGCUGGGGUUGAUGGAGCAGUUUGAUUUUAGUCAUGCAAUGUAUCAAUAG